GGUCACUCCACCGCCGGCAAGUGUCGAUUUUCAGUCGCUGCCCGCGCCGCGCGCAUGUUAAUUUAACAACAAAACACAUUGCUGGCAAAAGAUUAAAUAAAAUCACUUCAAUUCAACGGGAAUCGGUCAUCUAUGCGUGAGGCAUUGCUGACAGCAGACACAGGACACGGACCAGGGCGAUUUUGGCAGCGGCAAAGCCGUAGAAGUCAAUCCGACAAACGAAUGUUGCGCAACCCGCUGCUCUCCCCGCAUGUAUUUGAGCCACCACCACUACUACCACCAGCAGAAAUCAGACCGCCUAACAACGCCGCCAGCGCCAGUGCCACCACCUCACGCCAUCCGCUUACAUCUGAUAAUAUAAUCGAAUUUAGAGUGACUUGUUAAAAGGCGCCAUGAAGAAGCGUUCCAACUCACGUGGCGCGCCGUCGGCCGAUGGCGAUCAUCCACCUGCGUACAAAUCGGGAGCAGCCAGUGCUCCUGCCACACCAACGAAGGAGCGCAAGGGCAGCGACAAUGGCAACAACAGUGCUGGCGCGCAGCGCAUCCGCAAGGAGGAAAUCGCCCAGACCUUUGUCAUCGUCAACGAACGUCCUGUGGAUGAUAUAUCGCUGGAUUUCUUCUACAAGCCACACACCAUCACCCUGCUGGCCGUCUCCGUCCUGGCCGUGAUGUACACCGCCUUUGUCAGAAACGAGACGAAUGUGGACGACAAUCUUUGGGCCGGCCUACUCUGCAUUGUGUUCUUCUUUCUGAUCAUCUCGGUGCUGGCAUUACCCAAUGGACCAUUUACGAGGCCGCAUCCGGCCUUCUGGCGGAUACUGUUCGGCUGUUCGGUGCUGUAUCUGCUAACGCUGCAGUUUCUGAUGUUCCAAAACUAUCCAACCAUACGGAGCAUAUUCUAUUGGAUCGAUCCCAAACUGAAGAACUUUCACAUUGACAUGGAGAAGGAAUACGGUGUCAACUGUACGGACAUCAGCUGGGACCGUGUCAAGGGACAUUUGGAUGUCUUCGCCUGGGGUCACUUCCUGGGCUGGGCCUUCAAGGCCAUCCUCAUCCGCCACAUGGGCAUUCUGUGGGCCAUUUCGGUGAUGUGGGAAAUCACCGAAAUCACCUUUGCCCAUCUGCUGCCCAACUUUAUUGAAUGCUGGUGGGAUGCCCUCAUCCUGGAUGUCAUUAUCUGCAAUGGCUUGGGCAUUUAUGUGGGCCUAUGGAUAUGCAAAAUGCUCGAAAUGCGCGAAUACAAGUGGGCCAGCAUUAAGGAUAUAUCCACCACAACGGGCAAGAUAAAGCGUGCCAUGCUGCAGUUUACUCCGGAGAGCUGGACGGCCAUUCGCUGGCUGGAUCCAAAGUCAACAGCAAUGAGAUUCGCGGCCGUCAUACAGCUGGUCAUCUUCUGGCAGGUCACAGAAUUGAAUACGUUCUUCUUGAAGCAUAUCUUCGAAAUGCCACCGGAUCACUUUAUUGUCAUUGGACGUCUCAUAUUCAUUGGUCUCUUUGUGGCGCCAUCGGUUAGGCAAUAUUAUGUAUAUGUCACUGAUACGCGCUGCAAGAGAGUCGGCACCCAGUGUUGGGUUUACGGCGCCAUCAUGGUCUCUGAGGCCAUUCUUUGCAUAAAGAAUGGCAAGGAGUUGUUUGAGCGCACGCAAGCCAUCAACAUUGUCCUGUGGCUGUCGAUUCAAGUGAUCAUCUCGGUGGCAUUUGUGGCAGUUGCUGUUUUAUGGCAGCAACGCCAGCUGAAAAAGGAAACCCCUUCGCCCACCAAGAGAAAAGACCAAAGUCCUGCCAUUCCGCUAUCGCCAUCGAAAGGUAACUUGACGCCGCAGAAGGAGAAGAAGGUGAAAUAAAUGAAAAACUAAAUAAAAGAACAAUGUGGAACAGACAAAAGCAAAUCAAAGAACCGAAACACACGUUGUACAUACACUCAAUGAAAACUGUACUGAUUAAAUUAAAUACAAAACAUAUGUAAAUAUA